AUGGGCGCCCCGGGGGGCUCUGGCUGCAGCAGUUCCGCUGGGCGCUCGUUCCCGCGACCCUGGCCGGGGCCUCACCUCACAUCUCCGCGACCCCGCCUCGCCUCGGCCGGGAGCCUCUGCCCUCGCCAGGGUCGGAGGCGCAAGCGGGGGCGGGCCUCUGCGCCGAGCGGCCAAUGGGGACUGAGCCUGGCGGCCGGGGCGUGGCGGCCCCGGCGCGACGCUUCGAGUGGCGGUUGUUUCAAGAUGGCGGGCGCGGCGGGCCCCUCCCUGCCCGGCUCGGCGUUCUGGAGCCGCGACGUUUCUGAUGAAGAACAAUCAGUAGUUUAUGUUCCAGGACUUUCCUCAGAAGGAGGUACAAGAUCAAGACUCAAGUUGAUAAAUCCAAAAGUUGAUGUUAAAGUUAAGACUUCCGGGGUGACUGAUGCUUCCAUCUCCACGGGGUCUUUAAAAGGUGCAGGAGAUUCAGCAGCUGAACAGAAUGUCUGCAAGGGAGGCAUGAAGAGGGCAUCAUUGAAAGAUUUAUGUCUUGAAGACAAAAGACGCAUUGCCAACUUAAUUAAAGAACUGGCCAGAAUCAGUGAAGAAAAGGAAGUGACAGAGGAGCGCCUGAAGACCGAGCAGGAGUCCUUUGAGAGGAAGAUUCGGCAGUUGGAAGAACAGAAUGAACUGAUCAUCAAAGAAAGGGAAGCUCUUCAGCUGCAGUAUAGAGAAUGUCAAGAACUGCUAAGUCUCUACCAGAAGUACCUAUCAGAGCAGCAAGAGAAGCUCACCAUGUCACUCUCAGAACUUGGUGCUGCUAGAGUGCAGGAACAGCAGGUUGAACCAUACAUACAUUUCAAGGAUAAAGCCAACUUGGUAAUGAUAGCCAACAGGAAAACUACUCACCAAUCUUCAUUGAUGGACCUGGAUGGUUCCUACCUGAGUGUAGCCAAACCACAAACCUACUGUCAGACCAAGGCAAGGCCUAAGUCAGCAAACCAGGACUCAGUUUCAGAGUCCCUUACGGCAUUGAGGAAUAAUUCUUUGAAACCAGUAACACUUCAUCCUCCCAAAGAGCAUUUAGAGAGGGUGCCAUCAGAAACCAGAACAGGUACUUUUGAAUCACCAGGGAGGAAACCAAUAGAUGCAGCCCCGAUAGAGAGAGUCCUACCUUCAGAAGAGGUGAAGAUGAAGGAAUAUCCACACCUUCCACCUGCAACAUUGAGUCAGUACUGUGGUCAUAAAUGCUCAGAAGGUGAAGAUUAUGUUCAUGAGAACUACCGUCCUGCGAACAUGGCCCCUCAGUACUGUAAGACACGCCCAGCGUCCUGCGGUCAUUGUGGGCUUUCCUGGCCAUCUCUCAUGCCUGGUCAAGUGACAGUGCAACCCAGCGAGACUGAUGUCAAAAAGCAGCUCUCAGAAGAUCGGAGGCAGCAGUUGAUGCUUCAGAAGAUGGAACUAGAAAUUGAAAAGGAACGCCUUCAGCAUCUUCUGGCCCAGCAAGAGACAAAGCUUCUCCUCAAACAGCAGCAGCUGCACCAGUCCCGACUGGAUUAUGACUGGUUAAGGACUCAAGCUGUAUUUAAGUCUCGAGAACUGGUUGCUGAUAAUGAAUUUACUAAACCUCAAGAACUCGAUCUCAAUGUGAAUGGUAGUGACUCUGGACCAAGUUUAUUGAAGUCAAAAUGUGAAGGAUGGCUGCAUGGAACCUCAUCAUCCUUUAAAAAGUGCCAAAACUCUCCAAACAGUGGACAACACAGGAGUGAGAAGAAGACAGUUGAGUUUCAGUCACAUGUGGCGGAUGACGUCCAAGGGCUAUGCCAACAGAACGAUACCUACAGACCCCAGAGAGAGACAGUGACAGGAGUUAGAAAAGAUGCAUCCACAUCUCCUAUGCCAGCAAGAAGUCCUAAGGACCCCGUGACCCCAUCAUCAUCAUCCCAGCGCAACACCUCACGGUAUGAGACAUCUCUGUUGGAUUUGGUUCAGUCUCUGAGCCCAAAUUCUGCUCCCAAAUCUCAGCCCAAUCCCUCCAGAGCAGCAGGAGUGUGGAACACUUUCCGACCUAGCCCUCAGAAAUCUACCUGGAAGAAAGUGGGGACACGCAGGAGCCCUGAAGACCUGGAGGAGAGUCAGAUUCUGGAAGACAUAUUUUUCAUAUGACUCUGAAGCACAUGCUACAUAAUUUCAUAGGAAAUGUUUGAGUUCCUUUACAUACUGAUGUAGGAUGUUAAAUGACUUGACUGCCAAGCAGCUGAGUCUCUCCUUUCACAGGGACCUAUCUUACUGGCAUCCUCUUAAGUAUUGAAUACAGAAAUCAUUCUAACAAAUCAGGGUGUUUUUUUGUCAGACCAAUCAGAAAACAGGCUAAAGGAGGUGGGCUUAGGCAUAGGAUCUUUUCUGUGCCAAACAGAUUAGAAAUUUAGAAUACUUUCUGCAUAUCAGACACCAUGGAUAUCUAGUGUCAUUUUGAGGAUGGUUUCAACUUACUGCUGCAAAAAGUUGGCUUUCCUUACAUAAGGAACGUGUCUACUUCAGAAGAGGUCUUCCUUCUUCACCCUUUCCCUCCUCGCUAACUCUCAGUGUGACUGUUCAUUCUGAAAUUGGAGUUAGUGACCCUGAUAUCACCACUACUUGGGACCAAAUACAUGUGAGUCAUAGUGAUCAUCAACAUGGUCAUUGCCACUCCUUACACCAAAAAGCUCAAUGGGUUAGAGGGAAGUUCCCAGCCAGACUGUGCCAUUAAACCACACAUGAGAUGGCAGCCUGGGGAAAUCUACCAGGUCCAGGCAACCACCCCUCCAGUGUCCCGUGACAGAUGUUUCUUGUGGACUCCAAUUCCAGGUAUUCUUGUGAACUUCCUCCGCUGUUGUGUCUAGGGAAGAUGGCACUAGAGAAAGAGUGGUAUCCAGUGGCUGAGGAUGAGUGCUCCUAGUUUAAGUGCCCCUGGGCGCAGAGUCUAGGAAAGCUUGCUGAGCAUCCUUAUUGGCCUAAAUCUAAAUCUUUUCUCUCCAGACUGAGCUCAGUCCUGUUGAUUCUACCCAGUCCCCCUUCCCUUCGAGACUCUCAAUUCCGUACUCUUCAUCUGAGGCAAAUACAAGGGCAAGACUAGUUACGUGUCGUCAUUCCCUUUGGAAGUUGAAAGCUCAUUACAGAUUCCAAUUUCCUUUUCAAAUUCACCCUGAGAGGAACUAGAACAAACUUGUUCUGUUUCAAAACAUUUUUAGGAUAUGUCUUUGUAGUAGCAGAAAUGAGUUAGAUUUCCAGGACCAUCUUCUCUCUGUCCUGUGUGUCACAGGCAACUUAACUAUACCUAGUUCCUUAGACUUUCUAUAACCAUAGUCACUUGUUCUGAGCAUCAGUGUUCUUGCUACUCCAAUCUCCAGAAGGAUAAGAAAUGGAAUCUGAUCUCUUUAAGAAGCUUAUUUACCCUGAGAAGAGUUAUAAACAGCCUAAAAAUUCAAGGCUUUUUUUGGGUGCCGUGCCAGUGAAUGGAAUUUAAUUGCUUCUGUGCCUUACCAACAUGGGAAGUUUGUAAGAGGGAAAAAAAAAUGAGUUUUCAGGGAGCAUCAAUGAACACACUUUUCAUUCUGCACACUCCCUGCCAGUUGCCUUCUCUGUUCUGAAGGCAUUUUUGGGGGUGUUGGGGGGGUGUUGGUAUGAGGGUGGUAGGAAGGGAAUAUGUAUAUAACCUAGUGGCUUUGUUAUUAACUAAAUAAUAUAUGUUAACAUUGUAAUCUGUAUUAAAUUUACUUUGAGAUAUA